AUGGCACAGGAGCAACCCGAGGCAGCUAUUCAUGCGCCCGUCCCUGAGGCCGUCGAGGCUGCCGAGAUUGACGAGUCGCUCCAGCCUUUCGAGAUCAACCUCUAUCUACCCAAGCGUCCCUUGGUCCCUUCCGCUGCCGCUUCUGCCAAUGGACUUCCUGAGACUCCUUCGCCCCUCAAGGUUGUCGUGACACCGCAAGAGACCCUCAACGACCUCCGUCUCACCAUCACAGACAGCCCAGAAGGCUACUGGCUCGGCGCCUUCUGCUUCCGUAAGCCCGCCGACGCUGCCAACUCGACAGGCAAAGGUGCCAAGGUUCAGCUGGGUGAGCGCGUCCCCGAGUGGACCGAGCUUCGCGAGAUCUUCCAGCAAGUUCCCAAGGAGAAGCGCGAGCUCCAUGUGACCCACGUCCCCUGGAACGAGGCUGAUGCCCGCGCACAUGUGCAACGUCUCCGUGAUCUGCUUAGCGGUAGUGCCACUGACCCCAGCGCUCUCGGUGUUGAUGCUGCCUUCAGUGUUCAGGAUGCCGUCAGGAAUCCACAGGAAUGGCAGCAGGACAGCGUCCGACAGAAUGGCAACGGCCGUGCCACCAAAAAGGGCGCCAACGAUGCCGUCGAGCAAUCGCAAGGAUCGCAGCUCCCUCUCUCUGACUGGCAAGGCUGGCCGUCUGUGACAGCUGUUGACCUCAUCCCUCAAGUAGCCCGUCGACCUCGCCCGCUGCCCGUCUGCCUGCGUCAGCUCCAGCUCGCAACGUGGAACCCACCUCCUCAGCACUGGAAGCUCAACGGUCAUCUCCUCUACCUUCAGGUUGGCACGCUCGAGGGCGAGAUCAUUUUCAUCACUGCUUCCACUCACGGCUUCUACAUCAACCGCUCUUCUGGUGCUCGAUUUGACCCCUCUCCCCGUGCCGCUGGCCAGGAUUUCGCCUCUUGUUCCCUCUUUGACCUCCUCUGCGGCUUCUCUCCCCUCUUCCUGUCUACCUUCUCCAAGCUUUUCAACGACCCUCUUUCGUCGCGCGACUACUUCUCGGCUGUUCCCGUCACCAACUCCCUCCCUGCCUUCCCCUGGCUCGUUCGCAACCACAACCACAAUGCAGACCCACUUCGUUCGCAGGCUGCAUUCCUCCUCACAGGCGCUACCUCCGCCGACACACUCGAGGGCACCAGGGACUGGAAUGACGAGCUCCAGUCGGCUCGCGAGCUGCCCCGCACUACUCUCCCCGAGCGCCUCAUGCGAGACCGUGUGCUGAAUCGCAUCUACUCCGAGUUCACCCAGGCUGCUGCUCGUGCCAUUCCUAAGGUUGCUGCUGGUGAAGUGCAGGCCAUGAACCCGAUGGACAAGCGCGAUGCUCAGAUGUUCAUCGUCAACAACCUCUUCAUCUCCAAGGGUGCUGAUAGUGUCGAUCUCUACCCGCACAUGGGUGGUGAUGAGGCUGCUCACGUUGCAGUCGGCAAGGACAUCCAGGGUGUCAAGACGCUCAACAGCCUCGAUGUCAGCGGUCUUUGCCUUCUCGGCACCAUUGUCGUUGACUGGAAGGGCGAGCGAUGGGUUGCUCAGAGUGUUGUGCCCGGUCUCUUUCGACGACGUGACGACACCGACGAACGGUUCGAGGCUGGCGAGACCAAGGCAGAGGGCGCAAAGGAGGAAGCCGAGGCCAAGACCGCUGCUGAGUCCAAGCAGGCCAAGUCAGACAAGGCUGACCUCAACGAUGACACUCAGGUCGUGUACGGUGGUGUAGAGGGCCCAGAGGUCAUUCGCGACAAUGCUGCUUUCCACAAGCUCUUGAACCAGGUUGCUCAGACGCUCCAUCUCAACGAGCACGAGGUCGAGGAUGCCAAGGGCAACAAGCACCCUCUCUGGCUCAGUGUCGACUCCAAGGGUCUUCGAGGUGCAGAUGGUCGCCGAUAUGUGCUCGAUCUCGCUCGUCUCAACCCGGUCGACAUCAAUUGGCUCGAGAACGACAUCGAGGCUUCGAGCGAAGAGGCUCGCUACCCUCACCGCAUGACUUUGCUCCGUCCCGAGCUGCUCGAGAUCUACUGGGACAACGAGUUCCGCAAGUGGGCACGCGGCAAGCUUGCCGCUCGUCAGGAGGCCAAGGCUGCCAAGGAUGCUGAGCCAAAGACGGAUGUUGAGGGCAAGGAAGGUGAGACCAAGGAAGGUGAGACCAAGGAAGGUGAGACCAAGGAAGGUGAGACCAAGGAAGGUGAGACCAAGGAGGGCGAGACCAAGGAAGGCGAGAACAAAGAUGGUGAGGCCAAGACUGAGACGGCUGAGGCUGAGGUUGAGGAAGAACCCGAGGGCAUCGACUCUUCCGAGUUCAAGCUCACCUUCAAUCCAGAUGCUUUCGUGGAGUUCAAGGUGGCUGACACCGAGGUCGAGGACGGCUCCAAGGUCAUAACACCUAUCACGGACGAGUCGAAUGCCAGUGUUGCCGCCGUGCGACAGGCUUCAGACUUCCUUCGCAAGACUGCCAUCCCUCGCUUUGUGACUGAUGUCGCUGCUGGUCUCUUCACCGCCGCUGACGGUGGUGCUUUGAGCCGACAGAUGCACGCUCGCGGUAUCAACAUCCGCUACCUUGGUCAGGUCGCCCGUCUUUGCACUCCCGAGGCCAAGGACGAACUCGACCAGGAGCUCAUCAAGAAGGCAGGCCCGGGUCACGAGGGCUUCCUGAACACAUUCAGGCUGACAGUGGUGCAGGAGAUGGUGCUACGUGCAAGCAAGCGUAUCCUUCACAGUCUCAUCCGCGACGUCGAGCAGGUCAACGUUGCUCCUUGCGUCUCGCACUUCCUCAACUGCCUUGUUGGUGACAAGGUCAACGCUAAACCUGAGGCUAACCCUGUCUCUUCGCCCUUGUCGGACGACGCUGAAGCAGAGUGGACCAAGCUUACGCCUGCGUCACUCAAGGAGCAGCUUGUUGCUGAGAUUCGCAAGCGCUUCCGGUUCGAGUUGCCAGCGUCAUUCUUCGAUCAGGAGCUGCGCCGUGCUCAAUUGUUGCGAGAGGUUGCUCUGCGCACAGGUAUCCAGCUCAAACUGCAAGAAUACGUUCUUGGGGGCAAGCUUGCUGAUGCUGAGGUUACUCUCUCGGAGGACUCGCAGGGUGAGUCGUCGCAGCCUAACGGCCACGUCAAGGAGAACGGAACGGCCGCUGGCAGUGGAAAGAAGAACAAGGGCAAGAAGAAGGGUGGCAAGGAGCAGCAGAACGGUACCAAGAAGUCGGCCGGCCCCGCUGUGGUCGAGAAGAAGGCUACCCAGGCUGCUCGCACUACCAGCUUCGAGCCAGAGGACAUUGUCAACUUGGUGCCCAUCGUCAAGGACUCAACACCCAAGAGCACGCUGGCUGAAGAGGCCUUCGAGGCUGGCCGAAUCUCGAUAAGCCGUGGUGACCGUGACAUUGGACUGGAGCUGCUGUUGGAAGGUGUCAGCUUCCACGAGCAAGUGUACGGCCUUGUUCACCCCGAGGUUGCUCGAUGUUACGCACUGUUGGCCUCGAUGGUGCACCACUUGGCCAGCAUGGUCGCCAUGGAGCGUGCCGAGCUGAUGAAUCAGGCCAAGGCGGAGAACAAGGAGCUGACUGAAGCCGACUUGCCACCUGUCAACGAGCACUUGAACAUGGCCAAUGCCGUUCGAUACCAACGUCAAGCCGUCACUGUCUCGGAGCGCACACUUGGCCUGGACCACCCCGAGACACUGAACCAGUACAUGAACUUGGCUGUGCUCGAGCGAUCUGCUGGCAACACUCGCGAGUCGUUGCUCUGCCAGCGCCGAGUGCUCGAGCUUUGGAGCCUGCUGUACGGCAAGGAGCACCCUGACUGCAUCAAUGCUCUUUCGAACGUUGCAUUGACGCUUCAGAAUGCCAGGUUAUUCGAGGCAAGUCUUGGCGUUUACCGAUCUGCCCACGAGUUGGCUCUCACACUGUUCGGUCCGGACAGCAUUCACACCGCCAACCUUGCACACGAGUUGAGCCAGGCACUCACGCUCGCAGGAGACCUCAAGACAGCAUUGACGGUGGAGAAGGAGGCAUGGCGCGUCUUUGAGGCACGAUUGGGCAAGGACGAUGCUCAGACCAAGGAGAGCGAGCAGUUCUGCAUUAGUCUUGCUGCCUCGGCAGUCCGAGUUGCCAAGUUGGAGAAGGAGGCAAGUGCUCGUGUUGGUCUUGCGGGUGCUCGUCGUGUUGGUAACGGCGCUGCUAGGCCAUCGAGCGCCAUUGCAGGCAGUGCAAAUGGUGCGGCCAACACUUGCAACAAGUCGCUGGACGAGAUGGUCAAGUUCAUUCAGGGUGGUUCGAGCGGUUCGCCUGCCAAGGCAAAGGGAAAGAGCAAGGCUGGUCGCAAGUAA